AUGAGGACGCGAGCACGGCGAACUUCACCCACAACCCUAACAAAACUUUGUCUUCAACAUCCUGUCAUUGGCCAAAAGUUGGGACUAUCCAAACAGGCUUUAAAUGUAUCUGCUGAUCAUGAAAGGAAUGAAAGUGAAAGCAGAUCAGCACCUCCUGAUGCUCCAAGAAAACGCGGACCAGUCUCUGCACAUAACUUAUCCCCUCUAGAACUGGUUGAGCUUUCAAUUGAUUACCUGGCUGCAGGAAGAAUCAAUAGAGCACUUCCAUUGCUGAGGAAGGGGAAAAAUAGGGGGUGUUUCGGGAAUAUAUUGUUUUACUACUUCAGUGACCGUUUGCGGGAAAUAGCUGAAUCAUUUGCACACUUGGAAAGAUUGAGGGACAUCAAGGUGCCGGAAGAGUCGACAGCAAAGGCUCGUUACUAUGAGGGAUUAAUGGUGUUUGCCUGUUUCUUAGUCAACGAGGGUCGUAAAGAUGAAGCUGCCCAAUACUUGCGCAUGGCCAGCGUCUUUGAUCCUCAGUAUAAUGUACAUUUGGAGAACUUGGAAAAAGAUGCCGAUAAUUUUGUUGGUGAUCUUACCAGCAGCCGGAGAGCAGAUUAUUAA